AUGAAACGUUUUAAUAUGGAUUCAUUUACAAAUUUGUGUCGAAGCUGUCUUAGUCCAGAAACUGGAGUGUCACUUUGUGAUAAUGAAGACAAUAUAAAAGAGAAAUUCUUCGAAGUUACCACUGUCGAGGUCAAGGAAGAUGAUGGCUUACCUCAAAAGCUUUGUAAUGAUUGUUUCACUCUUAUGACAUCAGCAUAUCAAUUUCGCAAUCAAUGUAUGAAAAUGGAUAAGGAACUUAGGCUUCAAUUGGAGGCUUACAUCAACGAGAGCACAGAAGAAUUUUCACAAAUAGAAACACAAUUAAAAGCCAGCGAGGACAUGACAAUAGAGGAUAUAGCUAAAGAAUCAAUGAAACAACUAGAAUCUAUUAUUAAAAGUGAGCCUAACGAUAGUGACGAUGAUUAUUAUUAUGUGGUUGUAGUCGACAACAAUAAAGAUGAUGAGAGUGAUAAAAGCAACAGUAACAGUGUGGUUACACAAUCCAUCAAAAAAGAAAAUACUACCGAAGAUAUUAUCAUGAAGACUUCUGAUCACAGCACACAAUUUGAGAAUUGUAUCGAUUCAUUUCUAGUUACAAAUCCUAAAGUGCCAAAUAAUGUACCGGCGACCAUUCUUGAGAAUGAAGAACAAGAAAUGGAUGAGAAUUUUACCAAUGUAGAUGAAUUGUCUCAGGAUCAUUCUCUUGGUAUCACAGAAGAUUCUCAAGAUAAGAGUGAUGAUUACGCUGUGGCUGUGCCACAAAAUAUAAAGAAUAGCAUAGGAAAUUCAAAAAGUUUCAUCAAAAUUCUUACCCCGUCUGGCGCAGAAAGGACAAUACUUGUUAAAAACGAAGAUGGUGUUAAAUAUUUAACAGAUGCUCAGCUUCUGAAAGAUGGUACCGAUUCUUUGUCUCAAGAAGAAGUUAUUUUGUAUGAGGGUGAUGAUGCAUCACAGUUGCAGAUACUGAAAUGUGAUGGUUCCGAGCUAGUUAUAGAGUAUGCUGAUGAUAGUCAGAUAGCAACAGUUCUGCAACAAGAAGAUGGCACUUUCUUAUGUGAUUGCGGUGAACAAUUUGAUGAUUUUGCCGAUUAUGAAAAACAUCAAUACAAACACAACCCGGCUGGAGAACAUUUGUGUAAUUUAUGUGGCAAAGGCUUUGAAACCGCUGAAGUUCUGACUGGGCAUAUGCUGUUACAUAGCGUGACAAGUGUAUAUGUUACAUGUCCAUUCUGUUGUCAAAAAGUAAGGAGAAACAGUCUCACGCAACACAUAAAGUAUGUACACAAUACAAAACCACAAUGCGAUAUCUGUUCAAAGACAUUUGCAAAUCAAAAUAACUUAAAAAGGCAUUUGAUGAUACACAGCGGUAUAAAAGACUUCGAAUGUGAUAUAUGCCACAAGAGGUUCCAUCAGAAAAUAACCAUGCAAACACACAGACUGACACAUGUCAAUCCAUUCACAUGCAAUCAAUGUGGAUUACAAUUCAACGAAAAAGCCGAUUUAACAGCCCAUAAAAGUUCAGAAGAAUGCAGUAAGACAAGGAUAACCAAAGUUAAGGAAGAAUUAAUGAAGACUGUUAAACAGGAAGUUGUUUCCAACCUCGGAAAGUUAUUAGGCUAUGCAUGUUCACUGUGCAAAAAAAUGUUUACGCUUGAAUCUGCUUUAGAGCAACAUGUAGAGACUACGCAUAUCUUCGAAAAUGAGGAACAACAUUUGGAGAAGGUUCCAAAGAAGAGCAACAAAAAGUUUGACUGUCGGAUAUGUGGAAAGAGUUGUGCUAGUCAGGCGAUGAUGAUUAUGCAUGAAAGGGUUCACACAAACGAGAGACCGUUCCCUUGCCAACUCUGUGCAUUAAGAUUCAAAACAAAAACUCAUUUACGUACACAUCAAUUAACACAUACAAGAGAGAAAAAAUUUGGUUGCUCUGUUUGUUUGAAAUUUUUCGCACUAAAAGGUAACUUGGUAGUUCAUUUAAGAACACAUACAGGGGAAAGACCGUAUGUGUGUUCCAUUUGCGGGGAAGCUUACAUAGACUCUAAAUAUCUUAAGAAGCACAAACAAAAGAAACAUUCAAUAGAUAAUGUUCCUUGGAAUACAUAUUAA